CCAGCCCGGACAUGUUUAACGCGGGCACACCAUCCGGUGCUCCUUUUGAAAGACGCGAUUGAGCAGAGCAGAGUUGGAAAACGCGGUUUGCAAACGGCUUGGAGCAGGAAACACACUCCUCACACUGUUGAUGACUUCAAGCCUGAGCUUUUGAAGAGAUAACCUUGGCGCACACUCAAUCGGAGGAUUUGUGGAGAGUUUCUCAGGAACACACAUCUGCAGGUUCUGCCUUGGAGAACGAUCCCAGUUCCAAAUACUCCGAUGUCUCAUCCAACCAAACUUAGGAUCAUUCUUCAGGACCAUGACAUUGACUUACCUCAUGGCAUCCCUGGGACUGUGGGUGAACUUGAGUCCAUUGUUAGAGAGACAUUUGGGCUUCAAGAGAACUUAACUUUGCAUUACAAGGAUGCUGAUUUUGGAGAGGAAUAUUUUAGUCUUACCUCAACAAGUGACAUCAAGGACAAAGACACUAUAAAGGUGGUUAACAUUGUUGAACCUCCCACAUUUACUUUGAACUUAACUGAAGUGAACACUUGCGUUGAAAGUGAAUCAGAAAUCUCCAUCCAUAGUGCAGCAACAGAACUCUCAGACAGUACUUCGGUGACCACUGUUCAAAGCAGUUGCUCUACGAGAUCCCAGGAUACACUGAUUCUAUCAUCACCUGAACAUGGGAUUCAGCGAUCAGAGCGGUGGCCAACUGAAUUUCCUGUACCUCGCUUUGCCUAUGACACAGAGCUGAUGCUCACCUCAGGAAAUGAGGCUUACAAGAAGGAUGGAAUUCCACUCAACUUCACCUCAAUCCUUCCUGACAUCCUCGAAAGACUCGCUGAAAGCAUCUUUCAAUAUGUUGCCUAUCCAUCAAGCUCACAGUUUGCAGAUGUUGCUGAGGCAUUGAUUCUGAAGCAUCCUUGCCUCAAAGAAGCAGGAUCAUACAAUGGAUGUUAUGGAUGGCAACAGCGGCUGAAAUACAAAAUGGGGAACUACAGAACCAAACUCAGGGGGCUUGGAUGCCCUGAACUUGAUGUCAACUCUCUCAGAAAGAAGAGACCACAUGACAAAGCAUCUGCAAAGAACGUCAACAAGCAGAAAAAGUCAGAAGUUAACUAUUUACCCCCUCAUCCACAAGGAGAAACAGAGGAAAGUUUGGAAGGUGAAAGACUGGAGAUCCUUCAUGAAGUGAGGAAGAAGAAGAACUGGCAGAUCAUCGAUGAAAAAAAUGGCAAAAACAUUCUCCAUUCGCAGGCAAGAAGUUGUCAAUCAGGAACCAUCAGUCAGUGACCUGAAAGAAAGAUGGCCUGCUCUUUUUAAUGCAGCUCAGAUAAACCAAGAAUUCAGGCGGAUCACCACUGUCAGCCUGGAGACAACAUUCAUGGGAAAGCUGGACCACUACUCCUCAAAAAUAUUGUCCCUGCUGUCCUCAAGAGGGGGCGCAGCAAAAAUGAAGAUUCAUAACUUACAGAACAUCCUCCUAGAGGACAAUUCUGUGGAGGCAAAGAGGGAGGUUGCUAUCCGUGGUUUAAUGGUGUACCUUAGGGAAAAGGAGGAGGAGCUCUUUAAAGAGGAGGAUAGGGACGGGGAUAUUACGGGCGAACUGAUGAAGAUAGUGACAACACGAGGUGGCAUACCUGCAGCCCAUGCAAAGAUCGUCCUGGAGGGAACAGAGGUCCUAACGGAUGUGGAUAUUCCCAGAGCCUGUGCCUUGCUAAUGGGGCUGAUAUACGCACUCAACCUCCGCUACCCAAAAGAACUGAAAAAUACUUUUGAAGUGUUUCAAAAGAUAUUCCUCGAGUUGGAUGAUCUGAAAGCAAGUCCUAAGGUAAUGUUGCUAAAAAAUAAACUGCUGUGCUAAAAAAAGGGAGGAGUUAAAGAAACAUUUAAGCUGUCCUCAAAUUAAAGAGGAAAUGUUUGCACUGUUGUUUGCAAUGUGUUGUUUACUGUAUAAUAGGUGUACUGUUGAGAGUUUAUUAACUACAACUAGUUCAAAGUAAUAUACUUUUAUACCAAAAAACUCAAAUCAGUCUCAAGAGCAUGACUGUCAAAAUUUUCAGUCUGAGACAGUUUAACAGGGCUAUUUUAUGUUGUAAGUUAUCUAAUUUAUUUUAUUAAGACUACAUUUUUGUGUACAGUUAAAAUGUCAAUAUACACUCAGUCCUGUUACUGUAACUGAGAUGCUGACUGAUGUUUGAAUAAACAGUUAAAUCAUAAAACUGGAAUUUCAAUAUGUGAUUUAUUCUGACUUAGAUAAGUUAUUGUACAAAAAAAAUUAAGGUAAUGAUUUGCAUUGACAUUUCUUAGUAGAAUGAAAGGAAAGAAAUAAGCUAGAAUUACUAAAAGGAGUAAUUUUAACACAAUUAAAAUUAAGUUGGUUCAACUUAAAUAAGGCCUUGUCCUUGUAGAGGACAAGGCAAAUCAAGUUGCUUGUACUAAAGUAAUUGAGUUUGUCUAACUAAAGAAGUCUUGUCGCAUGUACUUAAUACUAGCUAAGUUGAAAUAACUUAAAAAUAUCCAUGCAAAUUGUUACAUCAAUUUUUU